AUGCCCGUUGAGCGAGGUGGCAGCCAGGCAGCGGCUGAGGAGGAGUUUGUCGCGAACGUCGCAGAAGACGCGGACGCCGCGCAGAAAGUAGAGACGCCAGGCGGAGAGGCGAACGAGGAAAGUGCCGAGGCGCGGGGCGUUGGAGCGCGCGGGGAUUCCGUGUCUUUUUCAUCGUCCUCGGUCUGGAAGAGCUCCCGAGGCGCAUCUCCUUCGCUCGAGCUUCGGCUCGGAGCGACAGCGCCGCUUCUUCGUCCGCGCGCGCUCUCUCUGCCCGUCCGCGGCCUCAGCGAAGAUUUCCUACAAGCCCUCGAACAGCUAACAGACGUGCCAUGCUUCUUCUCGUCUGGGCUCGUUGCGGCGUCUCCGGAGUCAGCCAGCGACGAGGCGGAGCAGCAGCGAGACUCCGACCUGCAGGGCGCCGGCCUCGCUACAGGCGCUCCAGCAGUGCUCGAGGCAGGCGGGCGCCGGCGUGAGCGCCCCGGGUGGGCGGGACGAGACGUGCAGCCGCUGCCGGCUGCACGCGGUCACGUUAGAAACCCCGGCAGGCUUUUCUGCUGCGAAGGCGAGCCUGAGAAAGGCCUCGAGCGGGACUGCAGCCACGCGCCUCGCUGUGCGGCGGGGCAGUCUCACGUAGAGCCUGCGCGAGGCGCCUCUGGGCCAGCAGGGGGGAGCGCCAGAGAAAGUUGGGCGGCUGAAGGAACGCUCGCUACGUUCGAUUUCGUCGCUUUCUGUCCGCUGCCCUCGCCUGCAUGCCUAGGGCGGCGCAUGUGGCAAUCUCUUCAGCUUCUUCGCGGAUCCUGCUCGGAAGUUCAAGCCUCCGCGCAAGCUUCGCCGUCCCCCGCGGAGGGUCGCCUGCCGCCUUCAGUCGCUGCCUCUCCGGCGCCGCCUUCGCAGGAGACGGCGACGGGCUCCGGAGACCCUGCGGCACCCUCCUCCGCGCCUGUUUCCAAGCGGCAAGCGAGGAGAGAGAGAAAACGCAAAGCAACAGAGGAAGCAACUCCGCAGCGCGCCUUUGCUGGAGCUUCCUCGUCUCAGUGUGUGCAGAUGGAGCACGCGAGGUUGCCGGCAGAGAUGGCAGGGACUCAGGAGCCUUCAAACAGAACGGCGAAGCACCAAUUUGCACUUUUCCGCGUUGAACAGCGACUGAAUGAUGCGAGGCUUUUCUCGGCGAGGGGACGCCCUGAGCGCGUGAGGCCUCACAGCCUCCGCGUCCGCACGGGCUUCAGCUGCGUUGCUCCAUCGCGGAGGGAGAGGGAGGAGGAGGAUGCGGCAAGGCCCGCGGCGCUGCGGGACCGCAUCACCGUCAGACUCGUCGAUAUUUCCUUAAAGCAGAGGCUGAAGGAGGAGGAAAUCUACGCCGCGCAGCCGCCGCUGCAGCUGCUUCUUCGCAGAGGCUUCUCCCUUCUCGAAGUUGUGCAGUAUACCGCGCGUGUGAGCGGCCGCUGCGAGCGGGUACCGCAAAGCAGAUCGCAGGAAUUGGCGUGCAGCAGUGAAGCAACCCGGGCGCCCUUACAUACAGACGCGGAAACGGUAGCUGAAGAUGGAGCAGAAGGAGCGGACGCAUUGGGGGACGCAUGCGAAGAGAAAAAGAAACAGAGAAGAGAGACGGGUGUGGAAAAAAACGACGAAAAUCCAGAAAGGCACAAGGAAAAACGUGGAGGAGCCGCAGACAGGAAAAGAAGACGGGCUUCGGACGGUGAAUGCGUAAGAGGAUCCGAAGAGUGCCAAAGGCAUGUAACAGAAGCAACGGCGGAGGAAGAAGAUGUAGACGAUGAGAGGUCGUCAGGCCGCGCAGAGGCGGGAGAAAAAGAGGUUCCUACCCCUGCAUUAGCGGAUGGAACGUUGCGGCCUGCAGCCUGCGCUUCCUUUGCUCAGCCUUCACCGGAUAUCUCUGGCGCUGCUUGCGAUUCGCCCCCGGCUUCUGCCUUCCCCGGUUGCCCUCGUCCGCCCUCUCCUUCGUCUUGCCUCCCUUCUUCUCUUUCUUCUGCUUGCGUGCCGUCGAUGCGCAAGGAGACCGAUCAGCUGCUCGUACGCAUGGGCCUGCCUAAGUUCUUCGAUCUUCACCUGCCGCUGUUGUCGGCGUUUCUGAUCUGCAUGCAUCGGCAGCAGUCCCGCGGCCGCGUUUCGAGUUCGGCUGCCUGCGAAGAAGCAAAACAGGAAGCUGAACGGGUGUGUCCGCGGGUGCAAGUCGCCACACAGGAGACAGAGAGGCAUCCAAGCGGAAAGCCACACGACACCAAGAAAGAGCUAAUGGGAGAGAUGAGCCGCGUGGCGAGAGUAGACAGCAGGUGGCACGGCGUAGACCGCGUGAACGAGUCACUUCGCCGAUCGAGACUAGUCCUCGCACAGACUCCUCGAGACCCGCUCGCCCUCGCCUCCAGCCUCCGCCAGGCUCAGCGCGAGGCAGAGGAGAACCUCCACCGGUGCAAAAACCGAAAUCCGCUUUGUUCCCAAAAGCCUAAAGCUGCCCUGGGAGCGGCCUCUCUGGCGGCGGCGGCGGCGUCUGAUCCAGCAGCGGACUGCUCUCUCUCGAUAUCUGCGUCCUCGCCUUUUGCCUCCUCGCUUUCGCGGGAAUAUCUCGCCGGCUCGCCUGCCCUUGCGACCGCGUCAUCGCUGGAUUCAUCGCCCUCAGGCGCCUCCUCCUCCUCGAUUCCGCCUUCGUCCUCAUCCCAUGCGUGUGGUGGUGGGUUUUCUCGCGAGGGUGCGUUUUCGUCGGAGACCGCGCAGCAGCCGCUCGAGUCGCUCUUUUCUCAACUUCCUUCCUACUUCAGCGUGGAGGCGUUGCAGCCGUCGCUCCUCGCGGCAGGCCAGAACUCGUUUCGCGUCAUGCGGCAGCUCGCGGGACGCUUACACACCGCCCUUUCACUUGCGGAAGACGCGCGACUUCUGUUCGAGUCGACCGAGCCGCGCAGGGAUCAAGGCGGCGCGCUGGGCGAGACGGGACAGCAGCCAGUGGAGGCCGCGUCCCUCGACACAGCGGAGAGGCAGACGCGCAAAGGGGAAGGAAAGUGCUUGCGGCGAGCCAGACGGUCGCCUUGCUCUAGUCGGUCUCUGUCUCCACCUUCGCUGGCCUCCUCGCGCGCUGCCGCUGCACUCCCAGCCUCCCUCGGCGCGUCGCUGUCGCCUUUCUCUGUGGAAGUCGCUGUAGUGGAGAAGGUCAACGGCGAGAACGCUCAGGUCUCCUUCUCCCCGACGCUAGACGCGUGGUGUAUCUGCAGCAAAAACGUGUCCAUGGUCGUGCCUUCUCGCGCGUUGAUCUGUGAGCGAGGCGCGACACGAGAAAAGAACGCAAGCGGCAAAGAAGAUUCUCUGUGCGAGCUGAGGGGCUUGCAGAGUGCCCGUGAACAAGGAGAGGAGACAGAGGCGCCGCAAGGCCUCGAUGCGACUGCGUCCGCGAAAGGCAGCCUCGUGCACAGCGGGCAAAGAGGAGACAGAGACGAAAAUGCUGGUGGAGAAGCUGAGAUGCGACAAGCUCAUUCGCCGACGGCGGGCGCGCUGGCGGAAAAAGUCGAGGGGGAAGUCGGGGAGUCCAACAAAGAUAUUUUCGACCGAAAAGAACCAAGAUACCAGUACGCAAUCAAAGUCGCGCGAGCGUGGCGAAGGCUUCUCGCAGGUCGCUCGUCCGAACAGGUGACCGCUUUGCAAGACUUUCUCUCCAGUCACACGAUCGUCGGGGAGCUGGUCGGAUGCCCUGACAAGCAGCACUUCCUCGCUUACUCAGAGGCGUCAUGCCGCGAGCGCGCGUGGCUGGCGGGCGUGGCUGAGGAGCCCGUGAGCUCUUUGCCUUCCGGCGCGACUACCUCCGGCGUCUGCCCGUGGGCACCCUCCUCCUCGCCUCAUCUAGUCUUCUACGCAGUAGUUCCGCACGACGGUCUCCAAGUCUGCCUGCCGCCCUCAGCUGCGCUGGCGCUUCUUCGCGAGACGUUUCGCUUGCCGACAGCUCGUCUCUUCUCGGCCUUCGCGGCCUCGUCUCUGGUGGAGCUCCUCUGCGGCCUCCAGCGCCUCGAGGAGCGCGUGUUUUCCAGCGACGUGGAACAGGACGGUGUGGGCGAGGGUGUGGUCCUGUACUUCACAGCGCCUUAUCCGCUCGCGGUCUCCUCACUACCGGCGUCGCUCUCGUCGCCCGCCGCGUCACCCGCCGCGUCGCCCUUCCCGCCAGCUCCCUCUGGUGCAGCGCCGCGACCUUUCGCACCUCCGUCUGCGCUUCGUGUCUUCCCGCUUGUCCUCGGACUAACAAAGGUGAAAAGCCUCGGCUAUGUGCUGCGCCGCCGCAUUCGAGAGAAGCUGCGGCACGCGAUCGCGUCUUCCUCGCUUCUCGCUCUCUCUCCGCACCUUGCCCUGGAAUCUCUGUCUCCGCGCCAAGAGCUUCCUCCGCUUACCUUGUCGUCGCUUCCAGGCGCGCCGCGCGCCUCUCUGCAGCAGGCGCAGGCUCUCGGCGAUCUCGCGACGCUCUCCUGCCGUCGCAAGCGGAAGCUGCGACAGCUACUCGCCGGCAGAGGCCGCUCAGCACCGGGUGCCGCCAAGAGGGCGUCCCUGAACACGUGUAUGAAAGAUAGGCCCUCGCCGUCGAGUGUGUUAAAAGAGGAAACACCACUCGAGUCUGCGGGGGGGGAAGACGAAGGCAGGGCAGCACCAGGCGCAGAGGUCGACAGGGCUCUUGCCGGCAUUCUCCGUCGCUUCUCCGCCGAACUCCGGGAGAGACAAACCAGGCGAAAAGACGCGUGUGACGCUUGCCAAGGCCAUGAAGGCGACAGCACGGGCUCCAGAAACCACCCUGCUGAAAAGCGACGAGAAACGGAGAGAAAGGAAGCGCUCCUUCCAGGCGACGGACAGGGAGGGGGGAAAAGGGUCUCGGAUUCUGACGAAGAGCUCGUGGAGAGCCAGCCGGCGUGCCGGCUGUUGAGGACGACGGGGCGAUCGGCGAGCUCACAACGAGUUGAUGCAGCUGUUGCUGCAUGGACUGCGUUCGCGAAAGUGGGUAGUUCGUCUUCGACUCUUGCAAGUCUCGAGGACCGCGCAGAGCCAUGGCUCGUUGAGUUCGCACAAGAGGCGAUCGGGAUCUUCCCGUCUCAGCCGGCCUUCUACUCUGUGAUAGCUCGGGUGCGUUCAGUUCUUUCUGCGCCCUCUCUCUCUUCGCCUUCCUCCCCCGCUUCGCUGAGGAGAGUCCUCCAAGCAAAGGCGGCUGGCGGGCAGGUCUGGGGGCCUGGCGGAAGGGGCGGCAAAACAGGCGGUCAGGCAGCGCCCACCGAAACACUGGAGUGCGAAGGCCUUGAGAAUCCGGCAGCGCAUGCGCAGCCAAGUUGCGUACGCGACGAGGCGUUCCGCAUUAUUCUUUCGCUCACCCUAAAGUACGAGGACGCGCUUCUUUAUGCCGCGUGUCUGGCCUCCGCCGCCAUCUGGCGCUCGCACGUUCACGCGUCGGGGGGUGCCUCGUCUGCUCUCCGAGCGUUCCCGCCGUCGCAGCUGUCUCCCACGGCGAGCUGUGCUUCACCUCCGGCAGAGGCGCGCACAGGGAGGUGCGGUCAGCACGCUGGGGUGGAACGCAAGGCGAUUCCGGAGCAGCGCGUGAGCGACAUGUCUUCUCGGGAUCUAGAAGCGCUCGUGGAUCUUCGCUUCCUCGACUUCAUCGACGAAGCGGCCGAGUUCCGGAAGGCGGUCGACGCUGACGGGCUGUGCCGCGGCUCCUCGAGCGCCAGCGCACCGCACAGAGGAGGCGAGAAACAUGAGGCAGACCACGCAGAACUGCUUGCUGCAGUGAAAAGCAAGGAUGCGCAGGGGGCCAGGAGGGAGUCGUUUUAUCGAGAAGAGGAGCCGGCGGGGGGGUGCCGCCGAGGCGGAGGGGACUGCCGCGCAGCGGACACUCUUGCCCAGCCGUGUUCUUCGUCGUCAGUCGUGUCUCUGUGUCCGUCCUCUGUCUCGUCGCUUCCCCUGCGUAAGUCGCGUUCGUGGGUUGGGUCGCCCUCUCUUCCUUCUUGCGCGGCCGCGGGAUCCCCUCUCACGGUGCGUCUCGUCGUGCCGCCGCUCUCUCUCUCCUUCCGCACCUACUGCCGUUUGAGAGCUUUAGCGGAGUCGCGUGGACUCUCCCUCGUCGUGCGUCAUUGUGGGUUCGAGCCUUGCGAGUGCGACGCCAGAGACGCUGUCGGAAGCGACUGGAGGGCUGCUGCCGACUGGUGCGGCCCUUUGCCUUCCUGCUGUGCCUCGCCUUCGUCUCUGUCGUCUCCGCCCGCGGCCGGAACGGUCGUCUGGGGCUGGGGACAGGGCGACGGGUCCGACAGGGGAGACGAACUGACGGCGGACAUGCGUGCGUCGUUGAAAAACUUUGCUCUGCUUUGUCUCCUAGCGGAGGACGAGCGGGAAAGCAACGACGAAGCAGCUUCUACGACGGCAGGCGAGGGCGAGGGCGACGCUGAGGCCCUGCACUGCGCCCUCCCUGUGAAACGACAGAAACAAAGGCGCACCCACUGUGCAGGCCUUCCGAACGUUAACCUCCAGGAUGAUGAAGCAUGGUCGUCAUGCGUUUCUGAAAGACAGGAAGCAGGACAAAGGCGAGAGAGCGAGGUGACGAGCCCCUUAGUUGCAGCGGCUCUGCGCUUCUGUCGCGUGGUGGAGGCAGAGAGAGCAGAGGGAGAAAGCAACGAACUCGCCAGGGCGAGGCACGAAGGAGGCGCACACGGUCGCAGCGAAGCGAGAAGGGUCGGAGGCGAGCGCUUGCUCUCUUCGCAGCUCUCGUGUGCGCACACGCACGACUCCGUGUCUAGCGGCCGGAAGGCAAGCGAGGCGCGCGUGCCCACACACGCGGAUGCAAAGAAAAACGGACGGGAGAGCCAUGCUUCGCGCCUGCAAGACGUACUCGUGACAGACGCCACUGUUAAGUUCCUGAGACUGCUUCCGCCGUUGUUAUCUUCCGAGAGACUUCUUCAUCACGUGCUCAUGUUGCUGCGAUUCUGGCGAGUCGUGCCCACGCAGCUACUGGAGACCACAGGCGAGCUCGACGGCGUUCCGCGGGGGUCCUGCGUGAUUUCGCAGCGUCCACACGUCUCCAAGAGUCCCUCAGUCUCGUCUUACACUCCGCGAACGCAGAGGCCUCACCAAAACCCGGUCUUCUUCAUUGGAGCGCCUCUCCCAGGGGGCGAGGAGUCCAGCGAGUCGCGGGCGUUGAAGGGGCCGCGAAGGCGGGUGACAGGAGGGCUUCCUCCCGACGCAGGAGACGGACCCGUGGAGGACGCCGCCACCUCCGCAGGCGCAGAUGCGUGUUUCCGGCGGUUUGUUGAAAUCCUUGACCACGUGAAGCUCACGAUCGCGCCGGCAAGCGGCCUGCGCGAUAUGCGAACCGGGGACAGGCAUCGCCCGAGCCUAUGCGGAACUUCUGGGCUGAAGGGGAGACGAGCAGGAGACUCGCCAGGGAGGGAGAAGGAUGCAGACGCUGCAGAAGGAAGCGGAUGCGUAGAGCCACAAAAUGGAUGUGUGUGCUCGUCUUCACGGGCUGUCAAGUGCGGCGGAACAGACGGCCGAGCCAACGCCGGGAUGGAGAGGUCGCCGACCUCUGCAAGUCAGCCCGCGGAGACUCCCUGCGUCCAGGGAAGCAGCGGGGAACGGGACACGCCCGAGGCGGAAAGCCAGAGAAAGGAGCAAAGGCCCGCGUCCCAGCGAGCGAACGGUGAAGGCGAUGCUCCCAUCGCGACGGUGACCUGCAUUCUGCCUGUGGGGUUCCCUGGGUGCGGCAAGAGUACGACAGUGAUGCACUUUGUCCGCGCAGCGGUCGCGAACUGCCUCACCAAACGAAAGCGGGAUGCACGCGAGAGCUGCAGCGCAGAAAGCCAAGAAAUGGUGCCCGCGGACGGGCGCCAGGCAAGCAGAUGGCGACGGGAGGAGGACAACACCGAGCAGGGUCGGCCCCAGGAAGGACAGAGACGGACGCCGAGUGUCGACUCGCAGGCGGAGACAGCUGGCGAACCUGGACGCCCCACAGGAGACAGUGGCAUUCAAGGGGAGGAGGCAGGGGCAUUCGGAGAGGGCAGAGCGCGAAGCACGCGCUGGGACGGAGACUGGCGAGCCGACGGUCCUCAGCUGUUGCUGGCUGAUGCUCAGGCCGGAGACAUAGCGAUCACAGUAUGGAACGCGUCGUCGCUACAUCCGCAGCUGGUUUCUGAAGGCAAGAUGCGCAACCCAGAACCGCAUGCAGGAGAGCAGGGCGCUGAAGAACGGAUCGGCGGUCUUUGUCAGACGCCGCAAGAAGCAUGGCCUGCGGCGGAGGGCAGCUCUGCGCCCGCGCCGGGCGAGGCAGAUAUAGUCUUUUUCGUCAGCUCAGACGAGGCGACAGGCGCCGCGCUCCGGCGGAGAGGACUUCAGAGGCGGGUGCCGCGAAGCACGAGUUUCCAGAAGGCGGCACAGGCCCUCGGCCUCGCGCGGCAGGAGGAGGAAGUACCCGAGAUAGAGGCGGGAGAGUGGGAUGGUGUAGAGAUUCCGCAAGACGUCUUCCGAGCCGCGGCGCGGGAAGGAGCCAGAAACCUCGCCACGAGUGUAGACGAGUUUUUCAAUCAACUUGGGGAGCGUCUUCUCGUGCAAUUACGAAAUCUGGCAGAGGACGAACGCAAGGACGCAGCAAGGGAAGGAGGGCAGGGAAAAUACAGUGGUGACGGGCAAGGAGAUGCGACUCAAACAGCAGCCGAGGCAGGCGCAGGGGCGCGAGGUGGCGAACGUGGGGAAUGUGUAGCGCGAGACGACCAAAGAGCCAGCGCCGUCCCGGUUCACGCCACGCCGCAGGUAGCGAACCGCUGUGGAAGCAACUGCGGGACGCAGUCGAUUGGCGACGGUCAAGGAGCCCCUGGUCAGGGCAGAAUGCUGUGGAGACCGCUACGCGUCCUGGUUCUCAUCGAUAAAAACUUUCCAGUAGAGGCUAUUCGCAAGCAAGCCGCAGUUCUACAGGAACACUUUGCCGCCCUCAAUGCGAAACUAAAUGACGCGUGGGCAGCGAGGGUCGACGGGCGGCUUCUGGGAAGCGCACCUGGUUCGCAGCUGCACGCAGGGCAUCCUGCUCUCUCCUCUCCAGUCUGCACCGGCGAUGCCCAGCCUCCCCUGGGGCGAGAGGCACGGAUGCGGACCCUAAUCAGGGGUGCUGUUUGUCUCAUGACGCUGCCGCCUGACGCUCUCCCAGACGGGUCCCUGCACGGACGCUUUUUCGCUCCGCCCGCUCUGCCUUCGUCUGUUUCGAGCUCUCUUCCCCCCGCGCUUCCUCCCUCUGCGCUCCCGUGGGCUUUCCCUUGGUCGCUACCGACCCUGCGUUGCUGUCUCCGUCGUGUGUUGUCCCGCACGGAUCACCCCACACUGCAGUCGCACCGCAGACGGGCGCCCGAAAGUUCUUCGGUUCAUCCUUUCGCGUCUCUGCUCCCGUCUCGCCUGGCGGCUGGGCGACCGGAAGGCCUGUCACAGUCCUGUCCGCCCGCGCCUGGUCUGCCGCCCGUCGUCGCGCUCCGUGGCGGCCCCUCUGGAGAAGUUCUUCGCGGAGACAGCAACCCCGCCUGCGCGGUUGUGAACGUCUUUUUGUCCUUCGUGUGCCUCUAUUGGCGGCAGUCUCUCGAUACCGCCGAGCUCUUGAGGAUCCCAGGCGUCGAUGCAGUUCUUCCCUGCCACUCCGUUUGGCUGGCUGGCGGCGGAGAGCAGCGCGGAGCCGGCUACGCAGGUGAAUCUGGAAGCGAGGCGGACGCGGUGAUUCGCCGCCAAGCGCUCGUGUUACCCCCUGCGAACCGUGAAGCAGAAUGCGAGCUCUUGAUUGCAACUGCGCUUCAAAAUAUGAGGCCCUUCGACGAGAACCGUGCAAACACUCCCCUAUACGAGCGGCUCAUCUCUAUUAUAUGCGCCAGCCCGGUGCCGGGCAUCGCCGGCGGCGACACCGAGUUCGCGGGAGAGGCCCAGACGGUUCCCGUUUCACUCAGUUCAGAGGCACGACACGCGCACGAAGGCGCGGCAGGCGGAAGCAGCCACGAGGGCCUCGCCGCCCACUAUCCAGAGGCAUCGGAGCGUCAUGGGUCGAGGGUGCCAACGCUGGCUUUGCCUGCCGAUACAGCACGCGAGGCAUCGAGGCAGGUGGAAACGACGUUUGAGCGGCUCGCUCGCGAGCCUCAUUUUGGCGAGACUUUUUUCAAUGCGGACGUGUACGGCCGGGCUCCUCGCCCAAGCGCCUCCCACAGCAGAGGCCACCGCGACAUGCGCAGCUCCCAAGGGUUCCACUCGCAGGCGUGGCGGCAGCCACCCGGUGCUUCAAGAAGAGGCGAGCGUGCUCUCCAAGUGCCUCCAUUCUCGCAGGGGGGGCGGUACAACGGCGAGGCCCGCGGGACUCUUGGACACGUGGAUCCGGGUCUCAGUUCCCAAGGGGGAGGCACGGGCAUGCAGGCAGCUGCCCUGCAGUUCGGACCGGGCGUGGUGUCAGCGGCACACGGCGAGCUUGCGCGUGCAGCAGUCUCCUACGGCUCUGUCGUCCAGCCGCCUCGCGGCUUGGACUGCAUUCCGCGGCGCGAGUGCGGGGAUGACAUGCCGCGCCAGCCGCAUGUCGGCGACAGAGAGUCAAUCGGAGGCGCUCGCGGAGAGCUAGCUCGAACAUCUUCUUUUCCGGCGCAUCCUCGCGGGGGGUGGGCAGGUCAAGACGCGAGCCACCCAUCUCUCCGUGCACAGUCGGGCGGGCCGCCAGUCUGCGACAAACGAGCCUUUGACGGCCAGCGGGAGUCGGAGCGGCGGCUGGGACUCGAGGAACCGCAGGCAGCGUAUGCCUCGCAAGUUCGCGAACAGUCCCUCCGUGAUAGCGAGCGCCGUCUUCUCGAUGGCUCGCCAGGUCGCCAGUCAGAAGGGAGCCAAGGAAAGGGGUGUGGAAACGGUCUCUGUCUGUCACGAGAAGCGAAGGCGCACAUUCUGGAGAGCUGGGGAGAAGACGACGUCGAACAACAGCGAGACUCGUGGAGACCCGUGGACCUUCCCCUUCCCAUCUACUUCAGCAUAGAUGUACAGCGGCAUGCCUCGAUGCUGUUUUCCCUGGUUGCGACCGGUCUCGACCGGCUGCGGGGAGAAGCCGAGUUAGAUGCGCUCCUCUUGGCAUGCGAGCGCUUCUCUCAGCUCGUCCGCGCGACGCUACGCUGCGUAGCAGGUCUCCACGUGACGUCUUUUUUUAUAGGCGGAGGCACGCUGCGGGUGACUCAGCAGCAGGUAGAUGCUGCAGAGGGGCGCGCGAAACAAAGAGAGAAGGAAGCUAGGUAUCACCCGCAGUUGAUCUCGCCGCAACUUGCUCUGGGAAGCGCAGAGAUACCGUCGAGCGACUUUGCUGGAGAAUCACCACGAGCAGAGAGAGGUAUGCCGGGCGAGACGUCGCCGUGUGCCCGGCGCGAGCGUGACGGCGGUGCUAGAGGAGGCCUCCAUCUGUCACCACGCGACGCAGAGUUUCUUGCGGCCGUCACCGCUUCGCGGCGUGCUCUUGGCAAGUCUUUCAGCGUCCAGCUCUCACAUAUUGUUUUCUUUGGCGAGGGUCUCGUCGCUGCAGGCGUCAAGCCGUUGGCUCCUCUCGUGCUUUUGGCCAACAACUUCGACAGCGUUGAAAACCGUUCAAGGUCUCAGGCUCGAACGCCUGUCGCCAGCGUUGCUCCUGCUUCUCGUACAGCCUCUUUUGACUCGCAGAGAGAACAAGCGUCUCUGAAUCUCGAGCAUCGGACGCAGUCGUCCUGCGCUGCAUUCGGCUUGCGGAAGCAGGUCUGUGGCGAUGUGGUUUUCCCGGGGAAUCCUAGGGAAGCGUCACAAGCGUAUGGAGGUACGGGUCAAGCGAGGAGCGACGGCGCAGCUGCUGUAAGGCUCCGCAAGUAUGUGGAAAGUGGUGCCGCCUCUGAGCAAGGCAGUGCACUCGGUGAAAGCGAUGGCUUGACUCCCCUGCCUUUCGGAGAAGGCAGGUAUCCUCAUGUUUCGCUCAUGCUUGCCAAGCACCUGAAGCCGACGUUCAGCAACGUGGUGAUGGCGGCCGCAGCUACAGCGCAGCGAGUAGCACAGAAUCAGGGGCUCAUACGGCCGAACAGCAUGCCGAUAUUCAACACCGGCACGGAGGAUGGCGACGGAGCUCAAGACGUGCAGCCGACUCAGCAUCUCUUCUCUGAAGUGGAGGAACAUUCUUCGGAUGGCGCAGGGCAGUGGAUCCUCUUCAAAGAUGCUCUAGUCUCAGGGCGUCGUGAUACUGUUCUCAUUUGGUGUCUGCCACGGCCAUCCGUCAUUCUGGAGGGAGUGUUUGUCGAAAGGUGA